ACCAGUGAGGUUUCUUUGCACCACUAAGCAGUAGCUAUCAGCAUUGAGUGCAGUAUGCUGAACAGCUGAGCAAGGGAAGAGAUCCUGAAAGGAGCCUGCGAUGAGAAGGGAUUUUGGAGGAAGAAAGCACCUCUUUCUACUGCACACAGGCACUGCCCAUCACUGAGAGCUGUGACAGGCAGUGGGAAUUGCCUGUUUAUGGUGAUUGAUCUGCACAGCCCCUGGGAUGCUCAGAAAUAGGAUUAAGGAAGAAAGAAUCUCAGGAGAAAGAGGAGGUGGAGGUUCCCCUUUGGAAACACACAGGCUAAUAGAAAACAUCCUCUAAAUUGUCACUGUAUCAGGAUAAUCAGAUCCUGGUGACAGCAGGAUCACCUUGAGAUGAGCUGCCCCUAGCCGGGGCCAGCCGGCUCCCUGCCCCGGGACGAUGAGGACCCAUCUUCCAGCCUAACAGGAGCAUUCCGCGGCCGUGGUUGGGCUUUUCCUCCUGAUCCUCGUGGAAUUUCAUGUGACUGCUUCCCACCUGGCAGCCGAGGGCCCCACCAUGGCGGCGAAGCAGCCCCCGCCGCUGAUGAAGAAGCACAGCCAGACCGACCUGGUGAGCAGGCUGAAGACACGCAAGAUCCUGGGGGUCGGCGGGGAGGAUGAUGACGGCGAGGUGCAUCGCUCAAAGAUUAGCCAAGUAUUGGGCAAUGAAAUCAAGUUUGCUGUCCGGGAACCACUGGGGCUCAGGGUCUGGCAGCUGGUUUCCGCCGUCAUGUUUUCGGGGGUUGCCAUCAUGGCGCUUGCUUUCCCUGACCAGCUUUACGAUGCCGUCUUCGAGGAGGAACCGGCGAGCAGCAAGAUUCCCAUCCGGCUCUAUGGAGGAGCCCUCCUCAGCAUCUCUCUCAUCAUGUGGAAUGCUCUCUACACGGCGGAAAAGGUGAUUAUCCGCUGGACCCUGCUGACCGAGGCCUGCUACUUUGCCGUGCAGUUCCUGGUUACUACCGUCUCCCUGGUUGAGAGUAGCCGGAUAGCCACCGGUGCCAUGCUCCUCUUGGUCAGCAGAGUCCUCUUCAUCCUCAUCAGCAUUUAUUAUUACUACCAAGUUGGACGCCGUCCCAAGAAAGUCUAAAUCCUGGGCUUUUUGUUAUGGGGAG